AUGACUUCGCGCGGAGCGCCCAUCUGUGCACUGAUGCGCACCGGCGUCAUCCUCGCACUCGCGGGGCUGCUGGUGGUUUCGCGCGUUAGCUUACUCGCAUCGGCGCAACAGGCGGAGGCUCCGCGAGGUAUCACCGCGAGUGGGCCGAUAGGACACCACCUGGCGGACGCGGCGAGGGAUGCGGCAGAGCAGGUGGCGAAGCGGCAGCAGCGGACGACGUCGCCCAACCUUCGCCGCCUGGCGCUCUUCGUCGACCCGCUGCCGAUCCCGCCCGUCGUGGACACGUCCAAGCUGCCGCGUCGCAACGGAAAGUCGCCCAAGGUCACGAUCGGCGUGUACAACGUGAAGCGGAAGUGUCACCGCGACCUGCCGGCGACCAAGGUGUACGCGUUCGGGCUGUCACGCAAGGCGGCGAGCGUGCCGGGACCGACGAUCGUGGCGCAGCAUGGGCAGGAGCUGCGCGUAGAGUGGGUGAACAACAUCACGGACAAGCAGCACAUGCUGCCUCUCGACCGCACGCUCAUGGUUCCCAACCUCAAGCUCGGUGGUGUGCCCAUCGCCGUCCACGUGCACGGCGCGCAGGUGUCGAGCAAGUCCGACGGCCAUCCGUUCGCGUGGUGGACGCACCAGGGAGAGCGCGGCCCCACAUUCGCAUCGAACACGUACACGUACCCGAACGGGCACGCGGCGAGCACGCUUUGGUACCACGACCACACGAGCGGCAUGACGCGCCUCAACGUGCUCGCCGGCAUGUUCGGCGCGUACAUCAUCCGCCACCUCGAGCUGGAGGAAAAGUUCAACCUGCCCGCGGGCAGGUACGACGUGCCGUUGGUGAUUCAGGACCGCGCGUUUGUGAAGAACGGAUGGACGUUCCUGCCGAGCCAAGGCGUGUCCAAGGUGCACCCGCACUGGAUGCCCGAACACUUCGGCGACUUCAUGACCGUCAACGGCAAGGUGACCCCCUACAUGCGCGUGGAGCGCCGCAAGUACCGCUUCCGCAUCGUCAACGGCGGCACCGCGCGCUUCCUCGAGCUCGUCUUCCGCGCGGCCCCCGCAAACACCGAUCUCACCCUGCGGAACGCGCUCUCCGCGACCCCGCAGCUCCCCUUCGUGCAAGUCGCCGCGGACGGCGGGUACCUCAACGCGCCCGUACCGCUCCGCCGCUCCGUGCUGGGUCCGGGGGAGCGCGCGGACAUCGUCGUCGAUUUCUCCAAGCUCCCCGCGGGCACCGCAGUAUACCUGACUAACCGCGCGCCCGCGCCCUAUCCUGGCGGUGCUGUUCCGCAGGGCGACCUGCGCUUCGUGAUGCGCUUCGACGUCGUGCCCGCGACGUCCGCCGACACGACGCGCGUGCCAGCCACACUCCUCAGCAUCCCAGCCGUCGAUCUCACCAGAGCCGUCAAUUACAAGGCGCCGCGGAUCAUCAGCCUCACCGAGGUGGAAGAUCCCGCGUCCGGCGCGCCUGAGUCGGGGCUGAUGGAAGGGAAGCAUUUCAGCGCGCCCGUGACGAUUAAACCUAAGUUCGGGACUAUGGAGGUAUGGUACAUAGUCAAUCUGUCGGAGGAUACGCAUCCCGUCCACAUUCACUUCGCGCCGCAUCGCAUUCUCUUCCGCCGCCGCCUCAACACGACGCUGGUGGAAGAGAAGAAAUGCAGCAUGGCGGGCGGAAGCUGCUUCGUGGGGCGCGCAGUCGCGCCGCACCGGACGGAGCGCGGGCGGAAGGACACGAGCAAGGCUCCGCCCGGGUGGGUGACGGCGGUGGCUGUGGAUUUCGCGCCGUGGCAGGGCAAGGCGCUGUCGUUCGAUCCGCGCGAGGGGCCAGGAUACGUGUUGCACUGCCACAUUUUGGAUCACGAAGAUAAUGAUAUGAUGCGCCCCUUCGUACUCGUUUGA